AUGCCUGGAAAAGUAAUACAAGUAGUUCACUAUGGCAAAAUUGUUUUAUUGUGGAAACCUCAGUUGAAAAGAACUGCGAAUGACUUUAGCCAUGCAUGGCGCAGAAGUAUAUCAUCUGGUGCUGCUGCUAGUACCUCAUCAGCAAAUGCUGUGGAACUUCUUGGAAAAGCUUACCUCCCAGAUGACUACAGCAAUGUUACCAAAAAGGUUCUUUCUAAAGUGGGGAAAAACUUGCACAACCAACGUUAUCACCCUUUGUGGCUGAUCAAAGAGCGUGUGAAAGAUCACUUCUACAAGCAGUACAUAGGACGCUUUGGGACCCCGCUCUUUUCAGUGUAUGAUGAUUUGCCUCCAGUGGUCACAACAGAGCAGAAUUUUGACAGAUUGCUAAUUCCGGAAGAUCAUCCUAGCAGGAAGAAAGGAGAUAACUACUACCUCAAUCGUACUCAUAUGUUAAGAGCCCACACUUCAGCUCACCAGUGGGACUUGAUGCACUCAGGUCUUGAUGCCUUUCUGGUUGUGGGAGAUGUUUACCGUCGUGAUCAGAUUGAUAACACCCACUACCCAGUCUUUCACCAGCUGGAGGGAGUCCGACUCUUCUCCAACCAUGAGCUCUUCAGCAAUAUCGGUGGGGGAGAAAGUUUGUCCUUGUUUGAAAAAGGUCUUCGAACACCACACAAACAAGAGACACACACCAUGGAAGCUACAAAGCUUGUGGAGCACAGUUUGAAGCAAGCAUUGACAAAACUUGUGAUUCAUCUCUUUGGUGAUGGGCUUGAGAUUAGAUGGGUGGACUGCUACUUCCCAUUUACUCACCCUUCCUUCGAGAUGGAGAUCAACUUCCAGGGAGAGUGGAUGGAGGUCUUAGGCUGCGGGGUCAUGGAGCAGCAGCUAGUUAACUCAGCUGGUGCUGAAAACAAAAUUGGCUGGGCAUUUGGUCUGGGGAUGGAGAGGCUGGCCAUGAUCUUGUAUGGGAUCCCUGACAUCCGCCUUUUCUGGAGCCAAGACGAACGUUUCCUGAAACAGUUCCAUGUGCCUUGCAUUGAUCAAAAAAUAAUAUUUCAGCCUUUGAGUAAAUACCCUCCUGUGAUCAACGAUAUCUCUUUUUGGCUGUCCUCGGAAAAAUAUUCUGCAAAUGACUUCUAUGAUUUGGUCCGAAGUAUUGGAGGAGACGUGGUGGAAAAAAUUGAGCACAUAGAUGAGUUCACACAUCCAACGACAAAAAGGGUCAGCCAUUGUUACCGGAUAACUUACCGACACUUGGAGAGGACCCUGGUUCAGAAGGAAGUAAACCGUAUCCAUCAAGCCAUUGAGGAAUCAGUUGUACGAGAGUUGGGAGUUGAAGGACGAUUUUGACCUUGUUAUUUUGAAUUUGUUGGUUUUCAUUUUCUGUUUAUCCUGUUCAGAGCAAUCUCUGUUACACUGAAGCCUCUGGGCAGUGGUGUAACUUUCUGGUAAUAAAAAUUAGUGAUAUAGCACUUCGUAUUGACAUUAAUAAAUACCUUGUCAAGUAAUCUUUGUAUGUUAUUAAU